AUGGAGAAUGCCAGUCAGCUCAAACCAACGCCUGUCAUCUACGGAGAGCUGUUGAACAUCUCCACCAACGACACCCAUGUCAAUUUCACGUCGAAAGCGGAGGCGAAUGACACUAACUUGGCUUUCCGGGCGGGUCUAGCUGUGACCUUAUCCCUCAUAACUUUCGCCACGACGCUUUCAAACGCGUUUGUCAUCGCCACUAUUUACCAGUCCAGAAAAUUACACACCCCUGCAAACUUUCUGAUCGCCUCCUUGGCUGUCACGGACCUGCUGGUGUCCAUUUUGGUGAUGCCCAUCAGCGCGCUGUACACGGUGAGCCAAACAUGGACAUUAGGGCAGGUGGUGUGUGAUAUCUGGCUGAGCUCGGAUAUAACGUGUUGCACUGCUUCCAUCCUCCACCUGUGCGUAAUUGCGCUGGACCGGUACUGGGCAAUCACGGACGCAGUAGAGUACUCCAAAAAGCGCACGCCGGGGCGCGCAGCUGGGAUGGUCGCCACCGCUUGGGUCAUCGCCAUCUCCAUCUCCCUGCCGCCUUUCUUCUGGCGCCAGGUGAAGGCAGAGGAGGUGACGGCUUGUAAUGUGAACACGGAUCACAUUUUCUACACCAUCUACUCCACCUUCGGCGCUUUCUACAUCCCCACGCUGCUGCUCAUCGCACUGUACGGGAGGAUUUACGUGGAAGCCAGAAAGCGCAUCCUGAAGCAGUCUCACAACAAGACGGGGAAAAGACUCACCUCGGCUCACCUGGUCACCAAUUCCCCUGGAUCGGUGGCAUCCACAACCUCCCUGAACUACGGGACGAACGAUACUUCCUCUUGUGACACUACCUCGUCCCCGAACUUGAGCCAAGUCAAAGUCACUGUGUCCGACGCGCUGCUGGAGAAGAAGAGGAUCUCCGCAGCCAGGGAGAGGAAGGCGACCAAAACUUUAGGAAUAAUCCUCGGAGCUUACAUCAUAUGCUGGCUCCCGUUUUUCAUUUACACUCUUCUAGUGCCUCUCUGCGAGUCCUGCUUCUACCCGGAGUUAUUUGACAUUUUCACCUGGCUGGGUUACCUCAACUCCUUAAUCAACCCCAUCAUUUACACCAUGUCCAAUGAGGACUUCAAACAGGCUUUCCACAAACUGAUAAGGUUUAAAUGUUGCAGGGCAUGA